CUCCGUGAUUGAAAUGUUCUUCGCUUAAAACAGGUCGCUAACUUUGAUCGGUAUACAAAUGUUUACUUUUCUCAUUCUGAUAAUAUCCGAAAAUUUAACUGAACGUUCCAAUAGCCUUUCGUAAAACACAAUUUUAAGUAAAGAUAUCGCGUAUACGCAAAAGAUUUGAGAGAAAGAUGGUGAACGAUUUAAAACUGGAGUGCUCCUUUUCCUCUUGGUAUCCGACGUUCAAGAAGGAUUCCUUGGAGGCUAGGAUUCUUAACAUUCCCGACGAUGUUCUGAAGUAUUUGGAGCACGACACGUUUGUGUUGCCUCUCGAGGCAGCGAGAUCCCUACCGGAGGAUUCCGAAUGGGCUGACGGCUCGCCGGUGACAUACGAGGAAGAGGAAACGGAUUAUCAACCGACAUUCCCCGAAUUCAGUCAACAAAUACAAGAAGCAUUAGACGAGUACGAUGCGGUGUUUGUCAAAACAAACUGGAGUACACCCGCGGAUGCCAUGUGGGUUGCACCUACAAAAACCCUCAAAUGUAACACACUGGAAGAGAUCUACUUGUUACUGAAAAGUUCCGACAGGAUUGCCAAGGAUCUGAACGUCGCGCGAUCUUUGAGGGAAAACAGCGAGAACCCUUUGCCAUUCUGUCUGGUGUUGAAACAAUGGCGGGAUAUCAAUCCUUGCACAGAAUUUCGCUGCUUUGUCAUGGACAACGAGCUCAUUGCUAUAAGUCAGAGGGAUAUAUCGCAGUACCACAAGUCCAACGAGUCAGAAAAAUAUGAUAUACAGACAGACAUCAAGAGCCUGUUUGCGGAGCGCAUCAAAGGCAGAUUUCCGUUGCGCAACUAUUCCUUCGACGUUGUGCGACGUAAGAAGGAUAAGGUAAAAAUAAUAGAUUUCGGCGCGUUGGACGCGGCGUCUACGAAGGAUACGCUCUUUACGUACGAGGAAUUACAAAAUCACAUUGAAAACACGCCAGAAUUCCGUUUUAUCGGUGAGGAAAUAGGCAUUCAGCCAAAGCCUCCUGUGCAAUUUUGCAUUCCGCAGGAAAUCAGCGAGUUUUUCCAAUCGAGGGACAACGUCACGUUGCUGGAUAUUAUUCAGAGGGAGGUGGAAAGUCAGCGGAAAGAGCAUGAAAAAGAAAAUGCUGACGUUUCAGAAAGUACUUGAUGUAUAUACAGUGUAUAAAUAAACAUUUUCCUUGUGUAUGAACAUCAGCUUGUAACUCCUUUACUCACAUGUACAAGGGAUACAAAAACUUAAAGAGAGGUAUUAUAAAUUAUUGUUACAUUUCAUCUUUCACAAAGAAGGCUAAUAUCUAAUGAUAGCGAGUACACGCGCUAAUAAAUAUACGCGAGAUUACACAACGAACGGAUUCUACUCUUUCAAAUCCUCGUAUAUAUUACACGUUAGCCUGUUUAAAAUCCUACGUUUUUGAGAUCAUUCGAUUACAAUCUGUACUAAAAUGGAAUCGAACUUGUUCAAAUUAUUUCUCGCUCCUUCCGAGUUUCACGUUGAAUGGUUCCUUCAUUCCGGGUUUGCGAUACAAAAAAUUCAAUAUUACCUGCGUGCAACCAUAUAGACCCAUGAUCUGUCAAUUGAAUUAAAAUCGAUAAUUUUCUCAUAGCGUUAUGCGAUCCAAAACUUUCGAUUUAUGUAAUUGUACAAGUACAUGCAAUUAAAUGCUCCGAGAUCAUCAAAUCCGCUCCCGCAGUUUAGGCUGUGACGCCUCUGCGUGUGUAUGUGUGUGUAUAUAUAUGUAUAUAUAUAUAUAUAUGUGUGUGUGUGUGUGUGUGUGUAUGUGAAUGAAUGUACACCGACAGGAUAUUUAAAUACAGAACUUUCACUUUUAUUCUGCCAGACUCUCUUUUUCUAUCAUUACAUUACAUAAAACGAUUAAAGGCUAUCCUACCGCUUGAAAGAAUUAUCAUAAUAUUGCAGUAUUUUUCGAGCCAUCGGCCUUUUUACCGAGCGACGUCCCUUAUAUAGAAAAUAUGUCUUGUUUAUGUACAAUAUGCAAUCCUUAAUACUUCAGUUUUGAAAAAGGAUCCCCCGAUAUAUGUACCUCCGGACAAGUUAAUACGCUGUACAG